UUUUGUGCGCACGCGCGUGGGAUUUGUCAACAUGGACGAUGCUUGAGUUAUUGUAUGCUCAUUUUUAUUUUUAAAAAUAUGUAAUCACUCAACUAAAUGAAAAAAAAAACAAUGCAAUACAGUCUACAGUGACGCUGGAUGCAAACAUGGAAUCCGCCGGUUCGAAGGUUCCGAUGCGGCUGCAGGCGGGCUCGUGCCUGAGGACACUCUCCACCUCACGAGACCCCCGGGAGAUCGCAAACUCGCUCAGCACGCUCACAAGUUUCCUGGAGAACGCCGAGUUCACGCGUCUGCACUACACACACGCGCUUCAGGUGUUGGUGAGCGCGAGAAGCUGUCAGUGGUUCAGGAGUUUAAGUGAUGAUGAUGAAGUCGGGAGACCGUGGCACGAGUUUGUGUUCACAGGUCCACCGGACCAGACAUUACUGGUUCUGCUGGACACCAUCAGCUCCACAGAAGAAUGUGCGGGUCUGGAUCGAUGUGUGUCUGUUCUGGAGAAGUUCCUCUCUGUGGGUCGUCUGGAGGCUUUGUUGUGGUCCAGGUGUGUAGUGGGCGGAGUUUGUUCAGACUCCUCUCAGCUCACGGAGACUGUCAUUGGUCAUCUUGCAGCUUUACCCUCCAUCACAUCAAACCGUCUCCACACAAAAACACCUGAUGCCUUCUUACCACAACAAUACUACCCACUGCUCGCUACCAACAUACUCUGCACGCUCGAAAAGACAUGCCAGGCCCUCAGAGGUGGUCAAGACUGUUCUCUUGGGUUUGUGGCUCAGGUGUUGGGAAAAGUUUGUAUACAAGGACACAGCUCAUUUAUUUUCGCGGCGCUGGUUCCACGGCUUUCUUCCCUGACCCGCACGGACCCAUUAUGGCAGCGCGUGAUGCAGAAACUCCUGGAGAAAAUUCCAGAACGGUGCAUGGAGUCUGUCAUCACAGGACUCAUACUCAACCUCAGGGGGGCAGCUGUAGUUUCCAGGCUGAUGGGAAAUCUGGUUGUGACCAAUAAGAAAGCUCAGUUUGUUCUCACUCAUAAGCUUGUGUUACAGCAGUAUCAGCACCCGACACAACUGUUGAAAUCACUUCUUGGGUAUUUGGCUCUGAAUGCGGAACGCCGUCCACUGCUUAAACAGGUACUGCGGAGUGUGUGUCAGGUGUGGUGUAACAGCAGUGCUAUAAAACACACGUGUGUUGAACAACAGCUGUACGUCAGUAAGGCUUUAAUGCUUUGUGUGGCUUUACUCAACCAUUCAGAGAUAGAGGAGCUACGAGAAGAGAUGCUGCAGUGCAUGCUGGGAGGUGUUCAGUGUCGACUCGACAGCAAUAUUGAACGAAUACGUCGGAUGGGCAUGGUGGUAGGAGAGUGUCUUAGUCAAAGAUUGGAUGUGCCAGGCUCACAGUUAAAAUUCAAGUAUGAGCCAGAUGAGGAGAUCAGAGAGCUGAAGUCACUCAUGGAGUCUCUUUCUACCAAAGACAGUGAGGAGUUUGAACCUGAACAUCAAUCUGAUGAAUCCAGGAGACUUCAGCCAGAGUCUGAGACUAGUUUGACACAGUCCGUGACAUCACAGUCUGGGCGUGACAGUGAUUCGGAGUUAGACAGUGAUGAUGAUCUAACACCAUAUGACAUGUCGGCUGAUCAAGAGAAGAAGAAAUCAGUUCCGCCCCGUUACGUCCGAGACUGUCUGGAAGCUUUGAUGUCAUCUAAUGAUGCUGAAAGAGUGGAGCUCAGUCUCCAUGCGGCUGAAAGUCUUUUGAGAAGGAAAGGGAAAGCCACACAAGAGGUGAGCGUCCAGUUCAGUAAGGUGCUGUUACACCUGGAUGACAGGUACAACACUGAAGGUUUCCAGGUGCUGCGGCAAAACGCCAUGGUGGCUCUCACGGUUACAGAUACCAAACCGGUGGUGGAGUAUUUGACUACCGAGUUUUAUUCACUAAACUACAGUCUGAGACAGAGACUGGACAUUCUGGAGGUCUUGGCCCUCUCUGCCCAAGAAUUGUCUGCGCCAAUCACAAACAAGCACACUGGAACUCAGCCAAUCGCUGCUGUAGCGGCCCAGGAUCAGUCUGAUGACAUCACACACUGGCGGCAGAUUGUUGAGAAACGGAUUCAGAGCAAAACAAGAUGCAUAAGCAAGGGUGCGACUCAGAUGGUUCAAGCCGUUCCCAACCGGUACGCUCCAGUAGCCGGAUCUUUCAUCUUCCCUCUGCUUAGAAACUACGACAGGUCACAGGUGACCUUUGACCUCCUGGGGACGGAUCAUUUGGUGUUAGGAAGGUUGCUUCACACACUUGGACUUCUCAUGCACUUGGCCAUCAACGCCCCGGUUGCCUCUCAGAUGGGCAGAGCUCUGCUGGACUUUGUGUGGUCUGUGCGUUUCCACACUGACCAGAUGGUGAGAAGAGGCGUUAUGUUUGCAGUGUGUGCUGUGUUUCUGAGCAUGCCCAGUGACAACUUACUGACAGACCUAGGGGAUGACCUGAUGGAGACCCGAACAUGGCUAGCAGAUGUGGCAGAGAAUGAUUGUGACACAGACUGCAGGAGUUUGGCUGUACAGGGUUUGAUACUACUGGACAAAAACCUUAAAACACAACUACAGCUACCAGAUGUGGAAACUUGACACACUUGCACACACUGAAUUGUAUAAUGUCUCCAUAUAAUAAUGUUCACAUGGCUCCUUGAAUUUUGUUUUGUACUUAUGUUGUAAAACCUAUACCAAAUUUACAUUCCUUAAUAAACGAGUCAAAGUGUCUUCA